AAAUUUCGGUUCAAGAGCGGAACUUCAGAUCCUCGAGACGGGAAGCGAAGGCAUCGACACCGAGACAGCAAUCGUGGCCAUCGCAAGAGCAGAAGAGCAAAGCGUGAAUCGGAAGAAGAAUCGGAGAGUGCCGCGCAUCCAUUUCCACGAGAACCUGUCGACUUGGAGCGCGCAGCCACCGCAGACUCGACUGCAGCAUUUCGUGAAUCUUUGUUCGACGCUCUAGCUGACGAUGAGGGCGCCGCAUAUUGGGAAAGUGUCUACAGCCAGCCCAUUCAUGUCUAUUCUCGACCGACAGUCGAGAAUGAAAAAGGUGAGCUGGAGCGGAUGAACGAUGAGCAGUAUGCCGCGUACGUGCAGAUGAAAAUGUGGGAGAAGAAGAAUCCUCAUAUCGUGCUUGAGCGUGAGCGGAAGGAGAAGCAAAGACGUGAGGAAGAGGAAGAGCAGAGUCGACAGCGCCAGGAGUUCAUCCGUCGCAAACAGCGAGCUGCAUGGGAACGCGCGGAGAGGCAGAAUGCGAGAAAAUUCGCUGGUCUUGAUGACGAGGACUACGAGUAUGCUUGGAAGCAAUAUGCUGCUGCCUGGGACGCACUAAAGAAGGAGCUUCUCGAGCAGAAAGGCGACAACAAGUCUGCUGAGCCUUCCAAGCGCAUCCCAUGGCCUGUCUUGCAGUCGAAGCCGGUCAUUAAGGCGAAUAUCGUGGACUUCAUGCGACAUGUGCCUUUGGGAAGGGAUGGGCCGUCACGAAUCCACAUUUACAAAUCGGAGCGAGUCAAGUGGCAUCCCGACAAAGUCCAGCAGAGGUUUCAGGGACAGGUGGAUGAGGGCACGAUGAAGCUUGUGACGGGCGUAUUUCAGGUGGUGGAUGCUCUGCUUGAGGAGGAAAGGAAGAAA